AUCUCCAGACAAGCUUUAUUUGUCAGAACACAAACAAAAUAUCAUACGACAGAGACCCAUGCUCCCAAUCAGCUCCCAAAAUCCCCAGAAGGAUUUGGUCCCAGUCACCCACAGUGGUGACCUGUUUGAGGGCACCUCCUUUGUUGGCUGCUUUGUUUGGUCUUCUUGCUGCUGGUGCCUCCUGGGUCUACCUCCCACACUAACUACGUGCACUGUGUCAUUGUCUCUGGAUCUGCUUUGGGAAAUUCAGAUAAACACUGUCCAUGAAAGGGGAAGAAGCAGGAAGCAGACGCAGACCACUGCAAGCAGCUCUUCACCCAGGAUUCUGAAUGCUCCUAAGAUGGGCGGGGCCAAGGUUUGAGUCGAAGGUGGAACCCAGAUGCUAGCCGGCCGGAUGUCCAUAUGCCUGUCUGUUCAUUUCGGGUGAUCGUGGGUCGGUGCGCCCUACUCCUGCCGUGGCAUGUGCAGAGUUAAGGCGGGAGGAGGAUUCCCCGAAUCUGGGGAGGGGGGAGCGAGGGGCGGACCUGGACCGGCCCCGCCCCACGCCGGAGCGGUGCGGGAGCCCCACCAGAGCCCAGCUUCAGCCCUAGCCAGAGCCAGCGUCAGCGGAGGCGGAACAGCGGACCCCGUGCCCUGGCGGCGUCAGAGAUCCAGCGGGUGAAGGCAAGGUCCCUUGGACUGGUCAGACACACCCUUACAGCCCUGGCAGAAUCAAGAUGAGGCCCUAUUGUGUCCCCCCAGUGAGGCCCACAGCCUGAGCAAAAAGCAUGGCCUGCCACCGGCAGUGAGCAACAUGGCUGCAGGAGGUGGCCGGGCCUUUGCUUGGCAGGUGUUCCCCCCCAUGCCCACUUGCCGGGUAUAUGGCACAGUGGCACACCAGGAUGGGCACCUGCUGGUGUUGGGGGGCUGUGGCCGGGCUGGGUUACCUCUGGACACUGCUGAGACACUGGAUAUGGCCUCACACACAUGGCUAGCGUUAGCGCCCCUGCCCACUGCCCGGGCUGGUGCAGCUGCUGUGGUUCUGGGUAAGCAGGUGCUAGUGGUGGGUGGCGUGGAUGAAGUCCAGAGCCCAGUAGCCGCUGUGGAGGCCUUCCUGGCUGAUGAGGGCCGCUGGGAGCGUCGGGCUACCCUCCCUCAAGCAGCCAUGGGGGUUGCGACUGUGGAGAGAGAUGGUAUGGUGUACGCCCUGGGGGGAAUGGGUCCUGACACGGCCCCCCAGGCCCAGGUACGGGUGUAUGAGCCCCGACAGGACUGCUGGCUCUCGCUACCUUCUAUGCCCACACCCUGCUACGGGGCUUCCACCUUCCUGCACGGGAACAAGAUCUAUGUUCUGGGAGGCCGCCAGGGCAAACUCCCAGUGACUGCUUUUGAAGCUUUUGAUCUGGAGACCCGUACGUGGACCCGACACCCAAGCCUGCCCAGCCGCCGAGCCUUUGCUGGCUGUGCCAUGGCCGAAGGCAGUGUCUUUAGCCUGGGUGGACUACAGCAGCCUGGGCCCCACAACUUCUACUCCCGACCACACUUUGUCAACACUGUGGAGAUGUUUGACCUGGAGCAUGGGUCCUGGACUAAACUGCCUCGUAGCCUGCGAAUGAGGGAUAAGAGGGCCGACUUUGUGGUUGGCUCUCUUGGGGGCAACAUUGUGGCUAUUGGGGGCCUUGGGAACCAGCCAUGCCCUCUGGCCUCCGUGGAGAGCUUCAGCCUUGCGCGGCGACGCUGGGAGGCACUGCCUGCCAUGCCUACAGCCCGAUGCUCCUGUUCCAGCCUACAGGCUGGGCCCCGGCUGUUCGUUAUUGGGGGUGUGGCCCAGGGCCCUAGUCAAGCUGUGGAGGCACUGUGUCUGCGCGAUGGGGUCUGAAGGCCUAGUGAGACCUGUCUACCAGAGCAGCUCAGUAGAGAAGCAGAUUGGGCUCCUUUUCACUGCUGAAGAGGCUCCCCAUAGCUCUGUAGGAUGAGGGAGGCACAGGAAAGGGUACCCGAGUUACUGCCUUAGGGACUGGGGUUGGAGGAGCCUUUGUCUUUAGCACAGGACACACAUGCUCACACCUAUUUUUACCAACAUCUACUCACAAACCAUAGCUAGCUCUACCCAUGCCCUAGCACUUACUAGGCCCUUUGUCUGCUCUGAAGUGUGAAGAGGAGAGUGCUGGCCUCGCAGGACAGGCCCCAAGAGUUGACCAGGCCUCCUCCAGGCGCCAUUCUGGAAAAGCCUGAGCUCCCAGCCUUCCCUGAGGGUCCCCGUGGACCCCAGGAGUAUUCUGAGGAUGGAGAUCACAGAAGAAACAGGAGAAUAUGGGGAAUGCUGGAGGGCCAGAGGACUGCCGGCUUGAGCCUCUAUACGAUGGUUGUAUGACCCGGGGCAAGAUGUCUCACCUCUCUGUGCCUGGGCAUCCUCAUUUGUAAAUGGGGAUCUCUGAAACUUUCCUGCCCCACCUACCUCACAGGGCUGUUGUGAGGACCCAGGGAGUUUUGGUGUAGAAAUGAAAAUACUGAUAAAAUCUGGUGUGUGGCUUCUGACACA